UUCAUUUCGAUUCUUCUCCGAUAGUAUUAUUCCGCCAUUUUUUUCACCUCAAAAUUUUCUGUUUCUUCAAUUAAAACUUGGGUCUUUAUGAAUUUAGUCUGAAAAAAAAAAACAAAAAUCCUUCUUCAAGAAAAUGUCUGCUUGUACCCCCUUAAACGGCAAUGGUUUCACACUCCAGCCAUCAAAACGACGUAGUUUCAAAGGGCUUCAUGCAUCCCAUUUGAUCAGUCAAUUUCAGGUAACUACAGCCCCAUACGCUAUUCCUCUUCCUUCUCUGCAUUUACACCAACCCUCUAAAUUCAGACCAAAAAAAUUCAAUCUUUUCACAGUUUCAGCAAAUUCGACCAAAACCCACUUCAGAAACAAAAACCCUAAAGAAAUUAAUGUUUUGGUAGUGGGUUCGACCGGUUACAUAGGAAACUUUGUAGUGAAAGAGCUUGUCCGAAGAGGGUUCAAUGUUGUAGCAAUUGCUAGGGAGAAAAGUGGGACAAGGGGUAAAAAUGGUAAAGAUGAGACCUUGAGUAUGUUGAGUGGUGCUAAGGUGUGUUUUUCUGAUGUCACAAAUUUGGAAUCUUUAGAAAAGAGCAUCGAGAAUCUCGGGAUCUCGGUCGAUGUUGUCGUGUCUUGUCUUGCUAGUCGAAACGGUGGCGUAAAAGAUUCGAGAUUGAUCGACUACGAGGCGACCAAAAACAGCCUUGUUGCGGGCAAGAAGUUCGGCGCUGCACAUUUCGUUCUGCUGUCGGCAAUCUGCGUGCAAAAGCCCCUUUUGGAAUUCCAACGCGCGAAGUUGAAGUUCGAGUCCGAGUUGAUUCGAGAAUCGGAGAAGGAUGAAGGGUUCACUUAUAGUAUCGUUAGGCCGACUGCGUUUUUCAAGAGCUUGGCGGGUCAGGUUGAGCUGGUUAAAGAUGGGAAGCCUUAUGUCAUGUUCGGUGACGGGAAAUUGUGCGCUUGUAAGCCGAUAAGCGAGCCCGAUUUAGCUUCGUUUAUUGCGGAUUGUGUGUUGGGUGAGGAUUUGGUGAAUAGGGUUCUCCCGAUCGGUGGGCCGGGGGGGGCGUUGACCCCCUUGGAGCAAGGGGAGAUGCUUUUUAGGCUCGUGGGGAAAGAGCCGAAGUUUAUUAAAGUGCCUAUUCAAAUAAUGGACUUUGCUAUUGGAUUUCUUGAUUUUCUUGUUAGUGCAUUUCCUUCUUUGGAAGAUGUGGCGGAGUUUGGGAAAAUCGGAAGGUAUUACGCUGCGGAGAGUAUGUUGAUUUUGGAUCCGGAAACUAACGAGUACAAUGCCGAGAAAACUCCGAGUUACGGGAAAGACACUUUGGAAGAUUUCUUUAAGAGGGUUCUAGAAGAAGGCAUGGCUGGUCAAGAAUUGGGGGAGCAAACUAUUUUCUAGUUGCUUCGAAAUUUUUUCUUUUUUAAUAUUGAUUUUUUUUUUGUGGUUCGUCGGUUUGUGUACUUAAAAACCCGCGAUGAGUUGCGACACUACGAUUUUUUCGAUCGGGUUGCGAAUGAGAAUAUGUACAUGCUGUGGAUUUUCCAUAUCUAUUUUUGUUAAUUGGUUAGUAACAUUACUAUGUUUUUCUCUUCUUGUUUUGUAAUCGUAAAUUUUACG